GCAGCCGUGGCUGGGCAGCGGCGCCAUUGGCGGAGCGUGUGUGCGGGCCCGGGAGCGGCGGCAGCGGCCGGAGCGCGGUGAGGCGGCGGCGGAGCUCGGAGGCGGCCGCAGCGCAGACCAAGAUUUGUCAUUCCCAAGCCUUGGGCCAAUGGAGGAGAAGGAGGAGCCCCAGAGAUGCUGCACGAGGAGGGGCUGCAAACCCAGCCCAGGGAGCUGCAAGAAGGAAGGACCCCCUAUGUGCCAGAAAGGUGGUGCAAGGUCCAGCCAGAGCUCAGAGAUGGUGGAGAAGCCCCACAAGUGCUUGGAAUGUGGGAAGGGCUUCAGCCGGAACUCCCACCUGGUCCGGCACCAGAUGAUCCACACUGGGGAACAGGUGGAACAACCCUACAAGUGUGGGGAAUGUGGGAAGACCUUCAGAGACAGCUCCAACCUGAUCCGGCACCUGAGGAUCCACACUGGGGAACGGCCCUACGAGUGUUAUUUGUGUAAGAAGAGCUUCAGACAGAGCUGCAGCCUGAUGGAACACCAGAGGAUCCACACUGGGGAAAAGCCCUACGAGUGCUUGGAAUGUGGGAAGAGCUUUGGGUGGCACUCCGACCUGAUCCGGCACCGGAGAACCCACACUGGCGAGAGGCCCUACGAGUGUUCUGAGUGUGGGAAGAGGUUUCGGAGCAAGUCCCAUGUCCUCCUGCAUCAGCGGACUCACACAGACGAGAGGCCCUUCCUCUGCCCCGACUGUGGGAAGGGCUUCAACCGCAACUCCCAUCUCACCCUGCACCGGCGCAUCCACACCGGGGAGAGGCCCUAUGAGUGUGGGGAGUGUGGGAAGAGCUUCUCCAGCAGCUCGGGCUUGACCCAACACCAACGGACACACCAGUAAGGGAAGCCCUGUGAAUGUUCCAAGUGCAGGAAGAGCUUCAUGAACUACUUCAACUCCAUCCCCUGUGGAGACUCAGGGGCCUGCCAGUGGGGCUGUAAUGCCUCAAUUCUGGAGGGGCAGAAACAAGCAAGGAGAAACAACCCUCUGAGGUUAGGGUUAGAGGAGCCUCCCUCCCACAGGCCUCUGUAGACACAUGUAAUGUGUUAAAUGUCAUUGGUUUAUCCAAUUUACAUUACCCCUGUUCAGCCCCUUUUUACUAUAUUUGUAUCCCCCUAGAACAUUCUUCCCUCACCUGAUCCCCAUUGGCCCGAGGUUGCUGCAGUGUUCUGUUCCUGUUAUCCCAUUGGUUCCCCUAGUUUGCUGCCCUUCCUCUGCGCCACUUUUCCGUGUUUCCAUUAGUUCUUGGCCUUCAAAUCCACCCCUUUUUCCAUAUUUAACCCUGUGUCCCCCACCCUGCUGGGUCUUUGUCCCUGGGCCUUUUCCUGGCAAUAAAGGGCUUUUGGAUCUCCAAAGAAAGACCUGUCCCUCCCCUCCCCUCCUUUGCCAUCUCCUUUAGCAAGCGUGCUCCAGGCCUUGAAAGCGCAGGUUGCUCUCUGGGACUUGUUGAAGCGCAACACUUCAGUCUCCCAUUGGAGGAUCCACAGUGGAUGAUCCCCAGUGACCCCCGUUGGGAAGAGCUCUGGUGACCCCUGUUCUGCAUGAUCUCCAUUGGGUGUGGGGAAGGUGUUGGAGAGAUUUCUUUCCCUUCUCCUUGUCCUGCUGUGAUUUGGUUGGUAGUAAAUUCACUCGCUGCACCCAGGCUGGGUU